AUGGACAACUAUGGGAAGCAGAUCUACGAGUGGAAGCAGAAGUGGCUCAUCAACCAGGUCCCGAAGUCGAUCAACAGCACGGUCUGGGAGGAGUUGUGUGUGCAUUGGGAUAAGGACGAGACGAAAGCUACCUCAGCGGAUGAAAAUGAUGGCGAUCCGGUUGAUGAUUUCGUCCUAAUGAAGACGGCGCAUACCAACAAGCACACCGGGGAGAUUGAUGAUGGUGUUGUGAGGGAUGUGCUCAGCCGGAUCGAAACUCAGAAGGUAGACGAAGAGACCCGUCUAUCUCAGCUUCAAACCGACCUGGACGCCACUUCGACGGCUUCGACCAACUUGUCCCGGAUUCGAACCAUCGAAAUCGUUGAAUCGAAGAAGGGACGUUUGGUCAGUUUGGGUCGUCGAGCCCGGUCGGUUCCUCUUUCUGCACCACAGCCCUGUGUUGAUCCAGAAGUGCUUAUGGACCAGUUGAAGGACAAAGAUGACCGCAUAGCUGCGUUGGAGCAAAAGAUGGCGGAUCAAGAGGUGGGAUGGGAGGCAACGAGGAAGCAGAACGAGCAAAUGAUGGAGAUGAUGAAGAGGAUGUACCCGAACGAGCAGUUCUCGUAG